AGAGGUCAAUAGGAGUAUUUGAUACAGGAAGUUAGCUUAGGUUAAGUUAGGUUUAUUUAACCACGUGUAAAGCGCGAAUUGUUUAUGGAGAAAAAAAUGGCUGGGAAAAGUUUAGCCGACAAAAUAAAUGACUUGAUUACAACGAAGCCGGAUUUAAAUUCUGAUGAGGAAGCCGAAGAGACGAAAGCUAAGGUAGUAGAACGUUACGACGAGAACGGUGCCUCAGACGAUGAAUUUCAGUGGUCCAAGAUACGCGCACAGAAUGUUGACACUCUGGACACGGUGGACGAAAGAUAUGCUGGUAAAAAAGUCUCGAGAAAAGAUGUAUACAGUGACGAAGAUAAUGAUGCGAGUGAGGAUAUAGAAAGUGAAGAGUCUGGAGAAGAAGAGGAAGAAGAAAAAGAUGAAGAUGAAGAUGAAGAUGAGGAGAUAGACAGUACAAUGGAACAAAGCGAGACAGAUAAUGAUGAAGAGGCAGAUUUGGAAGAGAAAUCUGAAGAUGCUGAGGAGGAUAUGUCUGAAGAAGAGGAUGAUUAUAUUGAUAGCAAACAAAGCCAAUCUACAAUUAAAACAAUGUCUGAAACAAAUGUCAGAGCGGAGAUUGAAAAAGGCAAUUGCGUUAGAAAUCAACUGAAACUCUGGGAGAAUCUGUUGGAGAUGCGGAUAAAAAUGCAAAAAUGCGUUAUAACUAGCAAUCAAAUGCCACAAUAUAAUACCUACAAGGAGUUUAAGUCAGAUAUGGAAUUCUCGAAGAAAGUCAAUGAAACCAAGAACAAUCUAAUGCACACUUUAGACAAAAUGCUGCAAUUAAGAGAUCUCUUGUUGAUGCAAUAUCCUGAAACAAACCAACUGUGCGUUGGCUCAAAGAAAAGAAAAACUGACGAAGAGGAGAAUACAAACACUGAUGAUCCCAUGGAUGAAGAAAUACCAUCUGAUACCGAAGGCGAAGAAGAAAAUGGAGAAAAAUCAUCUGCUGGUGAAGAUGCAGAAUCAGCUGAAGAACCAGUGCCACGGAAAAGACUGAAAUAUAACGAUUAUGAAAGAGUUUUGAAUGAAAAUUAUAACUCCUAUAAGGAAUAUAGAGACUCUGUUAUAAAGAAAUGGAACGACAAAACACGAAUUGUAGGUUCGCUAACGAAAAAAGGCUCGGGUCAAACCACGUUGAAACAGAUCGAGUUUGCUUUGAGCGACAUGGCCAAGUUGCGAAAGAGAUCUCAACUGAAGCGUUCUGAAUACAGUAUUGUUGGUAAAUCGUCGCCAGUUCAGGAUAACGACGGUAGAAGAUUUCAAGAAUAUGAUACAGAAAUUUAUGACGAUGACGAUUUUUAUCAUCAAUUGCUAAGAGAUCUGAUAGAAUACAAAUCCUCAGAUAUGACGGAUCCUAUAAUGCUCAGCAAGCAGUGGAUCCAUUUGCAAAACAUGCGUAGAAGAUUGAAGAGAAAGAUCGACACUCGCGCGACGAAAGGCAGAAGGGUGCGAUACAAUGUACACAAUAAAUUGGUCAACUUUAUGGCGCCGAUUACGAUAUACGACACUUGGACGGACAAUGCGAAAAACGAGUUAUACAAUUCGCUGUUUGGUAAAAUAAAACCCGCGGAGGAGCAAGUAAAUCAGUAAUUGAAGUGCAAAUUAGUUUCUAUAUUCCUUAUUAUAGAGUUAAUACGAUAAUGAUAUGAUAACGAUAUGAUAAACGUAUAAUUUUGCUGUUGUAAUAUAAGAAAGUUUGUACAUAUA